UCCACCUCCAAAAUCUCAUUUUCUUCUCAUUUUUCUCUCACCACCACGGCGGCGACCACCACCACCACAACCACAACCACCACCGCUUCACUGCGAAGCCACCAAUUUUUUAUAGAAUGAACUCUUCGUCCUCUUCUAAUUCCUCAUCUUCUUCUUCUUCUUCUUCUUCCUCCUCCUCUUCAAAUUGGCUUGCCUUUUCUCUCUCUAACAAUCCCAACUCUCUCUCUCUAUUCCACCACCCUAAUCCUCCUGAUCUCUCCAUUUUCUCCCCCAAGCUCGAGGAUUUUCUCCGGGGAGCUUCCACCCCUCCGCCGCUGCCGCCUCCCUUCCAGUUUUCUCCCCAUCAAACGCCCCUCACUUACUGUGAAGAAUCUGAGAUUUGCGAUUCUGAUCUCAAAACCAUAGCCGCUAGUUUCCUCCGUGGAUCUCCCUCCCAGUUCCCCGAACAACACCUUCACCAGCAUCUCCACGCGCCGCCUCCCCACCCUCUCCCUGAUACCCUAACCAAUCCACCGCCGCCGCCUCCCAAGAAGUCCGUCGAUACUUUCGGCCAACGUACCUCCAUCUACCGCGGUAUUCUGAUGUGGGUCUUUAUUUUUUUGCGUCUUGUUUUGGUGAUCGGACGUGAUUUAUCGUUGCUGCCAUGGAUGGAUUCUCAUUUCUCCUCAGUUUAUUUGGGUGGUUAUGACAAGGAAGAAAAAGCAGCUCGAGCUUAUGAUCUCGCCGCUCUCAAAUACUGGGGUCCGACCACCACCACCAACUUUCCGGUGUCGGAUUACGAAAAAGACCUUGAGAAUAUGAAGAACAUGACCAGACAAGAAUUUGUCGCUUCAUUAAGAAGGAAAAGCAGCGGUUUCUCUAGAGGAGCUUCUAUUUACAGAGGUGUAACAAGGCACCACCAACAUGGCAGAUGGCAAGCAAGAAUCGGGAGGGUUGCCGGCAAUAAAGAUCUCUACCUUGGAACUUUCAGCACUCAGGAAGAAGCAGCGGAGGCGUAUGAUAUUGCGGCCAUCAAAUUCCGAGGCCUAAACGCAGUCACCAACUUCGACAUAAGUCGCUACGACGUCAAAAGCAUAGCCAGCAGCAACCUUCCCAUCGGAGGCAUGUCGGCCACCAAAUCCAAACCCACCACCGACUCCGCCGCCUCCGAAGACCGCGAGGUCCACCAUUCUCCCGUCUCCUCCACCGCGACUCUCCUCCCAUCUCACCCCAACACCUCCACUCUAACCUUCGGAAUGCCGCCCAUCAAACAAGACCCAUCCGACCAAUACUGGUCCAUGUUCGGCUACAACGUUCCACCACCAACAUCCUCAUCCUCCUUCACAAUGUUCCAACAACCUUCAAACCCCGCAUCCACAAUGUUCCCCCCCGUCGCCGACCUCCCUCCAACCGCCUCGCCGCCGCUCCCCGAAGGAGGCGCCUACGAGCAGCACCAACAAUUUGCAGCCCCGAUAGCAUUAAGUAGAGCAAGCCUGUUUCAAACGCCAAUAUUUGGAAUAGAAUGAAAGGUGGAUAAUAUGGUAGCUGCCACUAAGCUGACUGUGUAGUAAUCAAAACUGUGUACUGACCUUUUUUUUUCCCUUGUUUUUUUUUUAGAUUAUGCUUUUUUCUUUUAUUAUGUAUUUUCUUUACCUUCAGUCACUGACUAUAUUUUGUCUUUGUUAUGGGCAAAUUCUAUAU